ACCGCCAGCGCCCCGGCCGCCGCACCUGCCGCCGCUCCAGCGCAUCCGGCAGAGAUGAGCCUUCCGCACCCCGCUGGAUUACUAGCGGCGUACAAUAGCCUGACUGAUAAACACCUGGCUGGAUAUUUUAACAAUACCAGGAUAAGGAGGCAUCUCUUAAGAUCAGGGCUGAUCACAAGAAGUGGAAGGAUCCUCUCUGAGAAGGAAUACAAACUAAAUAUAAUGAAAAGAGAUCAUCAGAAAUAUAUUCGGGAGUGUUUAGCCCAGGCCAUUUUCCAUAAAGUUCUUGAUAUGGAGCGUUACCAUCAGCUUGAAAUUAAAAGGAAACUGGAGACAUUAGUUAGGAGGGAGCGGAUCCAGAGAGCCAAGGGGGAGUACACAAGACAUUCUGUUGAAAAUAGCAUAGCAGUCCUGUCGCCUCACCCACCCACUGGCCCAAAGACACACCGUGGUCAUAAUAUUCUGGUUAAUGAAGGACAUUCCAGUCCAUUAACACUGACAGCCCCUCGACCAUACACCGCCCCAGGAAACAUGCAGCCUCAAAUUCGAUUACAGCCUCUUCCCCGUAGUGCUGCGGUGAGGACCGUUCCAAAGCUAACUUCGGGAUCCAGAUCAAAAACUUCAUUGCUGGUGAAUGACGCUCCAUUCCCCACUGGGGGCAAGAAGGCAAUGAGGAGGUUCAGGAACUCCACAGACAAAUCACAGAGAAUGGAUGCAUACCAACUCCCAAACCUUGAGGGUUGCAUGAUACCCAUCCCUCCACCACCUCCUCCUCAAGAUGGCAAGCUCAUACGGGAAAGCAGAUCAGAAACGUGGAGAAGGAGGAGACUUCGUCCAACCACUGCUCCAAAUGGCUUAGAACCUCUCUUUACCAAGGACUCAGGAAGGAUUUACAAAACAUCAGUACACAGUAAUGCAGCUAUUACCAUGAUCUAUUUGGGGAAAAAGGUGCACCUGUCUUAUGAUGAUCCAGAUUUUCGAGAUGAAAUCAGAGUUUAUCAGCAGCACUGCGGUGGGGAAAACCUGUGUGUGUACAAAGGAAAGUUACUUGAAAAAGAGACCUUCCAGUUCAUCUCUAAAAGGCACCAUGGCUUUCCCUUCAGCCUCACCUUCUUUCUGAACGGGAUGCAGGUGAACAGGUUGAGCUCCUGCUGUGAAUACAAACACCGGAAGGGUUCCAGACUUGGAGGCAAACGAGGCUAUUUUGGAUUUGUGUGUGUAGAAAGAGCAUCUCCUUGCUACAAGUGCAUUAUUGCAAUGGGUCUUGACAAAAAUCCAUCUUCACUGAAGCCUAUAAAAGAAAAGAGCCCUGAGGACAGAGAGGUUCUGCAGCACGAAGGGCAGCAGCUGAGGAAGGUCAGAGCAAACUGGAUGCCAAGAGGAGCUGGGACCGAGGAGAACAAACUCUCUACCUCUGCCAGCUUCUUGGUGGAAGACAUAAAACUGGAUGUCGGAGAAGUAAGAACUGCUGUGCAAGAAAUGGAAUUUAAAGGAAAACCAGGACAAGACAUUUGGGAAGACAACCAGGAGUAUGAAGAAGAUUUUGAAGUAGAUGAGGAGAAGCAAGAUGAGAAAGCUAAUGAAGAAGGACAGGCUGGUGAUCAAAUGAAUGGAAUAUCAAAGUCACCCUCAGAGGAUGAAAAAGAUAAUUUAGGCCCUGAAAAGGAGACUUCAAUCUCUUCACAGGAGGCGCUGGGUGCUGAUGGUGGCGAGAAGGAGGAAGGAUGCUCUGACAGUGAACUGGAGGAGGAGAAACAAGAUACACGAAGUGCUUCAUCAGUCUCAUCUGGUCCAUAUUCUAGUGAGAGUGAGGAUGACUCCAUAGAGCUGGGCAAGGAAGCCUGUUCUGAGCACGGUACACACGCUGGUGCCAGAAGUUCAUCCUCUCUUGAGCUGAGUGAAAGUGAUGAGCCAGGAAAAUCCCACCUUCCCAUCGAAGAAUCCUUUGAACCUGAACUGGAAGACCUAGAAAUAAGAGAAGGAGACCUGGAGAACCAACCUCUGCCAACAAAGGAAAGCUGGGACAACGUUCUUGAAGAAAUGGGGAGAGGAGCCCAGGGAAUUGCAGAGAAUUCAUCCAAGAAGUCUGGGAAACAUGCUCGUGAGGAGGAAAAAGAAAUGGGAAGGAGCCAGCUUGGAAAAGGAAGCCCUCCUAAGGUGGAGGACAGACAGGCGGGUCUCCCUGGGGUGGAGGAAGGUGCGUCAAAUAGGAGCUUAGUGGUAGAGGAAAGGGCAGCGUUCAACUCAGACAAAGAAUCCAAGCAAAUCACACAAGAAACACACACUCUGGAGAAAGAGGCAACAGAAGCUGGCGAACAUCCCCGAUGCCAGGAUGCUGGCCCAACGGAGGACAGAGGGGGUGCAGCGCUGGAGCAGAGGGCAGGGGUUCCUGAGCUUCCCUCUCGGGAGUGGGAGCCCACAGAGCAGCCAGCAUUAGCGGGACAAUUGGCAGAGGCAGGAGAGACCCCUGUGGACCGAGCAGGGGCAGAUGAGGAAGAGAAUGGAAGGCUGGCGAGAGAGGAGUUAGAGCCCACAGGAAGAGUGGCUGGAGAGGCAGCUUCUCCCGCCUGGAAGCAGGACUCAGCGAGGGCCGAGCUUUGGGGCAGCCCAGUGCAGAGCUCCCAGCACGCUCAGGGGGAGGUGACUCUGAGAGAAACAGCUACUCCAGUGGCGGGAGAGGCUGAGCAAGGGGCAGCCCUGAGCCCAGCUGGAGGUGAAAGGCCAGAUGAGGGUGGAAGUACGGAGAAAGCACCCAUGGAGCUGGAGGGCGAGAAGCUUGGGGAAGAUGUGGAGUCCUUGGAGGAGGCAGGGGAGGAGGAGGCAGCACUUGGGUGGGAAGAGCCCGCCACAGUGGGCAUGGAAGUUCUACAAGCAGAGACACUCUCAAGGUCCUCAACAGCGGAGGCCGAGGCUGAGACAAAUCUCAUGCGAGCCUCGAAGAGAACCCCUGAGGAUCUUCCCAAGAAAGCUGCCACGAGGGAGAAGUUAGUGACAGAGACAGGACAUAAGAGCAAGGACGACAGGGGAGAAAUGUUACCUGAGCAAUCGUAUACAACUACAGAGAGCAGGAAACCUGGGAAGCCCACUACAUCUCUGAGGGAAACGAGGUCUGAGAAAAAAGUGGUGAAGUGGGCAGAUGUGCGGAGGGAUGAAGAUGCAUUAGAGGAAGAGCAGAAACUUCAAGAGGAAGAGAGGAAUACUGCAGAGGAAACAAGAUCGGAGGAGCAGGCAAAAACACCCAGGAAUGAAAAGGAAUCUUGUGCUGUAGACCCCACAGAAACAACUGAUUUGACUGAUGGUGCAGAAGUUCUAGAAGAUUCCACUGGAGAGAGAGUGGAUAAUUUGUUGGAAGUGACACCUGAACUUGAAAAGUCACCUGCAAAAGAAAUAGGGCUGAGUAAAGAUGAAGAAGGGCUGAGGGAAGCUGGAGAGACGGAGCAUGAUGGCUGGGCAGAGGGGCAAGGCUGGGAGGCCACAGCCCCUUCAGAGCAGGGAGAGGGGCCUGAGGAUGGAGGAGGGUGGACAUCGGAGGGUCCUAGCAGUGAGCCACUGGGUGAGGGAAAGGUCCCUGACCUGAGCAUCCCAGACACAGCACAGGCUGAGGAGAGUGCAGCCCUGGAUCAUGGUAGCUUUGCCGUGCUGGCCAGGAGGGAGGAGGAAAGGCCUCUGCAGGGGCCAGGAGGAAGACAGACCAUGGCAGCGACCCAGGAGGCUGUGCCUGAGAGAGAUCCCAGGACGGUGAGGAAGUUCAGUGAAAAAGCAGAGGGUGAGGACCCUAAGGAGGAGGAGGAGGAGGAGGAGGAGGAGGAUUAG